AAGACGGUCUGUGAUUGGUCCACAUGUAUGGUUUGCCGUUGACGAUCUAGACAGGAAGAUAACAUUAUGUCAGAAAGACUAUCAGAUGUGCUAAUACCUUAAUUUGGCGUCGGAAAAAAGUAAACAUCCACUGAUCAGCCAUGGUUACCGAACGAGAGCCUACGGAUCUGGUCAGGGUGAUUCACCUGCUGGUCCUAUCCUUCUCCUGGGGGAUGCAGCUCUGGGUGUCCUUCAUAGCAGGUUUUGUGCUGGUGCGGCAGGUAACGAGGCACACAUUCGGGCUGGUGCAGAGCAAGCUUUUCCCCGUGUACUUCUACUGCCUGCUGGCGGCUAACCUCAGCAGCCUGGUCGUGUAUGCGCUGCACCACGCCAGUGAGACGACGGAGUGGCAUGCAAAUGUGCAGAUGGUUCUAUACUUGGUAGCGCUGGUCACGGCCGGCCUCAACGCACAGUGGUUGGGCCCUGCAGCCACGGAGCUGAUGUUCCGGCUGAGGGCGGUGGAGGAGGAGCAUGGCCUGGGCGACCAGGUGGGUCUGGGGAGCCAGAAGGAGGCCUACGCCAAGCUCAGAGAGCAGGACCCCAAGUACGGAGCCUGCAAGAGGAUGUUUGGGCGCUACCACGGCCUCUCCAAUCUUGUCAACCUGGUGGGCUUCGUCUGCACAACCACUAACCUGGUCUACACUGCCCUCAACCUCACCACCAUCUAGUCUCUACAGGGCCCUCAACCUCACCACCAUCUAGUCUCUACAGGGCCCUCAACCUCACCAUCUAUGACGGCAGGGGGACACAUGGGGUCCUGUUGUGACCACUGCAGGGGUAUUAAACCUCACCCUGUCCCAACUAAUGGGCUGGUAGAGAUUGGCUGUGUGUAUGCUAACCCUAUUUGCGAGGCUGCCCCCUUGAUACGGAGCCUAGGAAACAUUAGCUACGUCUUUAUUUAGCAGAAUUAAACUCUUAAGAAUGAAGCCUUUAAUGAUAAUAAUAAUAAUACAAUAAGUAUUGUUACUAUUAAUUGAUGUACACAAUAAAGUUUGGAUUGAAUUCAUUUAAAUGAGCUGCAUGAUUAAAUAUUUGUAUUUUAAGUGAGAAAAUAAUUGAAAUCUUAGUAAUAAUGAUAACCUCAACAGAGCUUGCUUUCAAAUCAAGAAAUAAAACAGUAUUUUAAAUUGUUUGAAAAUAAACUAGGUAGAAUGUGCUUAAAAGUUAUUGUUUUUAUUUACGUCAACAUUCUUUGACAGAUGAUAAUCGGUAGUGUUUUAACGCCUUAACAGACAACACGUGUGUUCUGUCAGCAGUAUUUCAGCAGUUUUUUUUUGCACAUGAUUAAGAAAUGUAACCUAGCCUUUUCAUACGAAUGAGUCUUAGGCCUUGACUGAAAGCUUUUUUGAUCAAAUGGAGAAAAUGCUAAGAUUGAUGUGCUUGAGCGACAUUAUUAAUAUUUAUGAAGGUCAACAAAUUGUGUGUGUUUUGUAAAUUGUUUGACCAGUGUGGGUUUUUUAUAUAAAGCAGCAAAUUUAAAAUAAACAUCAGAUGUGGAUUUGAAA